AUGAAUGAAGAACCUGUAACGUUUGAUUCAUCAGUUGACUUUUCAAUACGGAAAGAAACAGCGUCUGUAGUGACAACCACACCAUUAUCUUUACAAGAAUCGACAGAUGUAAAUCAAAAAGAUUUAAAUAUAUCGUCAAGUAGUGGUAAUGGUGGUCAUCCAACUUCGUUCUAUCAAUCAUCGAGUGAUUAUUACGUUAGUGGAUAUCAAGAUCCAUUAUUUUUCUUUCAACAACCGCUGUACUAUCGACAAGUCCCAUUGAUGGAUAUACAAGGAAAACAACAAAAGCUACCAAGAUCAUCGAAUAAAAAGAAAUGCAAACAAUCGUCAAAUAAACGAAAGAAUUUAGAAGUAGUUACAAGAUCCAAUACAAAAAAGGUAAAUAUUUCGCAAAAAAAGCGGGCAAUAUCAUUGACGCAGAAAAAAAACAAUAAUUUUACUAAAAUGGGUAAAUCAACGAUAAGUACAAGACAAAUGUCCUUAAGAUCAGGUGCCAAAAGACAUUUAGUAAAUUAUCAAAUUCAAAGUAGAAAUAAAAAUGAGAAACAAAAGUGGAAAGCAGAGACUAGUUCAAAUAGGGUAAAACCUAUUCAACAAAAACCUAGUAGAACAACAACGAAAAAAAUCAAUUACACAAAUAAUCGUGCAGUAUCAACAACAUCAAAAUCGUUAUUACGUAGUAGCCCUUCUACCACUCAUCGAUAUGUUAGACAUUCACAAAUGCAAAAUGUCAGUGAUAAAAAUCGUUCGAGAUCGUCAAUUAGAAGUGCAAAGUUAAAAAAAGAAAAUUUAGCAUCAGAGUCGCCCAAAAACACGAAUUUAGAACAAAAGGAUGCAUGUUUACAGUUAAAUGCAACAGUGACACCACAAAACACCUUCGCAACUAAGCGUAAAAAUGAAGAAGCAAGUAUAAAGCAAAACAUAGAUAUUAGUCUGAGUGAUUAUAAUAUUUCAGAACCAAAAGUGCCAUCAUCUAUCAUAGUUAAAUCUAAAAAUGACCAAAAAUAUCUAGUAAUAGAUACCAAAACCAAUCUAAAGAGAAAUAAAAAAUUCUUUAUCAAUGAACGAAAGUUGUCAAAUCGUUUGCAUCCAAUACUGAAAGGUAGGAAUAAACGUAGAUUGAAUGUGCGAACACAAAAUGUACCGAUGCAUCGAGUAAAAAAAUUAUCCAGAAAUAUACGUGGAACAAUUUUAACAACAAAAUUGAAGAAACAUCACGAUCAACGAUCAACAUUUAGUUUUCCUCGUUGCACUAGUCAUACAUUGAUUACCACCGCUCCAUUGACCAACUAUUUAAGUACGAGCCAUCCAAAUCUAAUUGGUGAUGGUAUCCAUAUGUAUCAACAUAAAUCAAAUCCUUCAUUCUCGCUAUUCUCUACUGAAAACAACAAAAAGCAAACAUCAUCACCAUUUAUCACGUCAAAAAACAGUGCACGAUUAACUAGUAAGAACAAUAAUAGAACAACACUCUCAUCGAUUAGCAUCAAAUCAACAAGAGUACAAAAUAAAGGUGCCAAGCAUUCAAAUUCAAUUCUGAGUGCAUUCAAUAAUAAACAAAAUCUAGAAUCGUUGAAAAGCACACGCAACAAAAAACGCAAACAAUGA